UUCAUGUUACGCACGCUUCCGCUCUCUCCUCUCACUCUCUCGUUUUCGAUUUCGCCAUGGACACGACGACCGAGAAGAUGCUCCUCCUCGCAAAUCCCGUAGAAAUUCAUCUCCAACAGGUUUGAUUUUAAAAGAAAAUUGUAGGUGGAGUGGAGUGGAGUGAGUUGUUAAAGAUCACACAGGCUGCAACAAUCAGAAUGGGGAGGAAGUUGCGUGAGAAAGUGACAUGCUCCCCAAUACAAAGCCAUCCUGGAUUCAUGUGGGGUCUCUUUGACAUUCUUAAGCACAACCAUUGGCGUUACAUCAAGAAACGUCUUCCUCACAAACGACCCCUCGCUUGUACACGUAGUGCUUCUGCUGAUUGUAUUUCCGUAUCUAAGAGCAAGGUGGAAGAUGAAACUAUUGUAGACUCAGUGAAAAGACCAAAGAAGCCUAGUUCUUCUGCAGUUAAGUCCAAAGAGUCUAACUCAGGGGAGAAACCAAAGAAGCCAGAGGACAAGUCCAAGAAUCUCAAUUCAGAAGAGAAGCGGAGAAAAACACAUUCUGAGAUCAAAAGGUCUGUCAAAGCUCUGAUCAAGGCGCUUGUAAUCGAGGACAAGUCUAAGAAGAAAGGUCGCCACCACAGAAGAAGCUCUACUUAUCCUGUCCAAUCAAACCCAAAAGAGAAGGACUCAUUGAGUGAGUUGGUGGAAUCUUCUGAUAAGAAUUCCUCAAACGGUGAUGAGCGUAACCGAGUCUUUAACCAGACGAUUGGCAUCUCACCCGCCAUUGGUUCGUUGAACCCGCUUUAUCUCAUGUCCGAGGAAUCAAGCAACAGUGACAGCGAAGACUUUAAGUUAGAUAACAUUCCAGUUGAUGAUACUGACGAAAAUAAACCAGAUUUUGAUGAAAGUGAUUCCAAGAAGAAGGAUGAUGAGGAGGAAGCUUGGCUUGAUCCAAAGCUGAGACAUACUGAGAAUGAGGAUGAUGAUACGUCUCCUAGACGUGCGAAGUCAUGUCUCGAUGCUCUCAAUUUGAUACACAUGAAUAGAAACUUCUUGCUAAAAGUUCUGCAGGAUCCAGGCUCUCCGCUAGCCAGGCAUUUCCAGAGCCAACAAUCUUUUAGCUCCAAAACAAUGACUAAAGCUGGAUCAUUCCCUACUCAUGGUAGCAAUAGAGAAGAUCAUAACAAUGGUUUUGACUCGGUUGAGAAUAAGUCAAUGUCUUCUCCUUCCAUUGCUGCACAACACAGGGCAGACGGGGUUCAGACGUUUAAUGAAGCCAUGGAAAAAUCUGCUGAUGAAGAGGAUUUAUCUGGUUCUGGUUACACGAGGAAGAGAGGAAAGAACCAAGUGGUGAUCAAACGUUUCAAGGAUCUAAGGCAGAAGAUAAAGCAUGUGAUUAACGAGAACAAGAACGAGAAACACCGUAUCACUAUGGAUGCUGUCUUAGACAAAGUACCUCGAAAGUACGGGUUUUCUAAAGAUUUGAGGCAUGACAUUUUGAAAGCAAGUCCUGCCAACAAAGCGCAAGGCGCGAAACUGAAGCAGAUAAGAAGAACAUCGUCUCUGUGUGGGUCUGUUGACAGGUAUCUUCAGCUGUAUGAAAGUAGCGUUCAAAGAGAAGCGAAGAAGAAUAAUAAUACUUCAGAAAAAUUGGAGGCUGAGCUUGAGGAGUCGGCGGUGCCUUCUGAGAAGAGAGUUCCUAAAGUCUUGGGAAGGAUUCUUUCAUCACCUGAAAUGAAAUCUCCUUAUGCUUUGAAGAUUGAGGACCUUCCUGGCCAACUUACAACUUUUAGUAGAUCACUCAAACAAGAACAAGAUGUUUUGGAAGACAUUUCAGAGAUCUCAGAAGAUCAAUCUGAGUCUUCAGAACAUGAAAUGCCUGAGACUACAGAUGAUCCUUCUUCUGAAGCAGAACAAGACAGAGAAAUUCUUAUGCUUGAUGUGGAACCUGAAACAAAAUCUUUGGAUGAAUCAUCAGGAGACAGUCCUAACUUUGAUGAGAUUGCUUCUGAAUCUCUAAUGCCACUAGAUUCGGAUACAGAGAGUGUUUCUAGAAGCAAACAAUUAGAAAGCAUACCAGCAGCAGAGAUCGACCAAGUCCUCCAGGUAGAAGCACAAGAUAAAGGGAAGUUCAACUAUGUAAGAGACAUUCUCGAGAUCUCUGGUUUCAACGCACCUGAAUCGCUCUCAAUGUGGCAAUCAGAAUACCAGCCGUUAGAUCCAUUAGUCUACGAAGAAGUGACAACAACAACAGGUUGUAUGAUCCAAGAUCCGGAAUGUUCAAGAAACGAAGAAGAAGGCGGUAACUGCAACCACUUGCUUCUCUUCGAUCUAAUCAACGAGGUACUAAUCGAAAUCUACGAAAGGUCUUACCAUUAUUGUCCCAAACCGUUAUCAUCACUGUGUAGAAUCCAUCCAAUGCCAGUGGGGUAUAGUGUUUUGAAGGAGGUUUGGGUUAGGAUAAACUGUUACUUGCGUUACAAGCCACUCAACGAGGAAUCUUUUGAUAAGAUUAUGAGUAGGGAUUUGUCGAGAGAGGAUGGGUGGAUGGACUUGCAGUUUGAGAGUGAAUGUGUGGGGAUUGAAGUUGAGGAUUUAAUCUUCGAGGAGCUCCUCGAAGAGCUGCUUGUAUCGGGUUAAUAGGGCACUCGAGAACUUGAAUCACUUCUUCAUUUUUUUGGGUUGUUGUUGUUUUGCUUGGAGUUUAAGGUACAUAACAGAGAGAAAAGAACUUGUUGUUUGUA